GCAUCUUUGGUGGUUAAAUGGCCGAACCUCUUCCUUCCCUCAUAAACUGACCGCCAUUUCUCCUCCUCUUCCUUCCUUCACUUGAAUCACUUCAUCUCCUCCUUGAGGCGAGUCGAGUCUGUCCUUCUUCCUUCUUGCCCCAUCAUUCCUCCUCCUACACUUUUGGUUCCUUCUGUGUGUUUAGCCACACACUAAUCUCAGCACUGGUUUCUGCUCCUCACCAAUUUGGCGCGCUAAUAUCCCCCAAACACACAUUAAGGAGAAAGAGCUCUUGCUGUAGUCCUGGGAGACAGAUAAAGAACCCUUUUGCCACCACAGAGGACUAGGGAGAUUAAACAGGACUAUAUAUUUAAAUUGGUUCUCUUUCUAUCUCUCCCUUUCUUGCUGUUCAGGAGCUUGCUUGGUUUGUUUUUGUGAAGAGAAGCCUCCUCUCCUCUCUCUUUGAAGUUAUGGCUCAUUAUUACCACACUAGAUCUGGUGUCUAUCAUAAAAGAAGCCAAGAUGUUAUGGAUGGCAGUAGCAGCGACUCUUCACUGCAACAGCAUCAUUCUCAUUCUUCCUCUGAUCCAAGACAACAACAUGUCUCUGUUGUAAAGAAACUAACUGUGGACCUCAUUAAGACUUAUAGGACUAUCAACGAGGUUUAUUAUAAAAAGAGGCGUAUUUCUGACAGAACUGAUCAGUCAAACGGGGCAGGUGCUAGUUCUAGUCGAAGGUCCAUUAAAUCUGAGCAGUACGAUGAUGAGAAUCACGACUAUAAAGUAAAGCCAGGAGAAAGAUGGCUGGACAGAUAUGAAAUAGACUCACUUAUUGGUAAAGGAUCUUUUGGACAGGUCGUUAAAGCUUUUGAUCUAGAAGAGAGAGAGUGGGUAGCCAUUAAAGUAAUAAAGAACAAGAGAGCGUUUUACCAGCAGGCCCUGAUAGAGAAAAGAUUACUGGAGCUACUAAACAGCAGGGACCCCGAGGGGAAAUAUUAUAUAGUUUCCCUCAAAAGAUCUUUCACUUUCAGAGGCCAUCUUUGUUUUGUUUUCGAACUUCUCUCCUACAAUCUCUAUGAAUUAUUGCGCAAUACUAACUUCAGGGGCGUGUCACUCAAUCUGACUCGGAAGUUUGCUCAGCAGCUGUGCACUGCCCUCCUCUUUCUCUCGACUCAUGAUAUCAACGUGAUUCAUUGUGAUCUUAAACCUGAGAAUAUCCUCCUCUGCAAUCCUAAGAGAAGUGCCAUUAGGAUCGUGGACUUUGGUAGCUCUUGUCAAGUCGGAAGCAGAAUGUUCCAGUACAUUCAGAGUCGGUUCUAUAGAUCCCCUGAGGUCCUGUUAGGGAUACCCUAUGACCUAGCUAUAGACAUGUGGAGUUUAGGUUGUAUAUUAGUUGAGAUGCACACUGGGGAGCCUCUCUUCAGUGGGAAGGAUGAGAUUGAUCAGAUGAGUAAGAUUGUUGAGGUCCUCGGUAUUCCUCCUCCUCACGUACUGGAGCGCUCAGCAAGACGGGACAGGUUCUUUGAACGAGAGUCUGGAGGUACCUGGGUACUGAAGAGACAGAGGGACGGCCGAAAAGAUCACCACAGGCGUCCUGGCAGUCGUUCCUUAUACGAAAUACUGGGAGGGGACAAGGGAGGACCAGGGGGGCUGAGGAAAGGAGACUCUGGCCACACCCCCAAUGACUAUUAUAAGUUUCGUGAUCUAGUCCUCCAAAUGUUGGACUAUGACCCUGAGACUCGGAUAAAACCUCUCGCUGCUCUUAAGCACCCGUUCUUCCGUAAAGAAGCUCGUUUAUCCCAAUCCUCUGAAAAUGGCAGUCAAUAUUCAUCGACCACACCCACCCAGACUAUCGGACUGACCUCCUCAUCCUCUCAACCAAUAGACUCCUUCGUCAUAUCACAGGAGAUAGUUGCCAUGGAAACAAACCACACCCACCCACCCCCAGGGCUGGGAGAGCUGAUACCAGGCCGACACAUUCACCUUCAAAACCUCUCACCUCCAGAGACUCACGACACUUCCUUAUAUGGAGGUAAUAACGGCAGAGGUGUCGUUGGGUCUAGCGGUACACUGGGCAGUGGUACUUUUAGUAACAGUGGGUCGUUUGGGUCAGCUAUGGACAUUGGUCAACCACAGCAACCAGUAGCCAUGACAAUGGAGGCUAGCUCAUCUCUUCAUCAGGUAACGGGUAGCCAUAGACCUCACUCAGGGAGGAAAGGGGAAGGAGGAGAGAGAAAGCGAGGUCCCUCUCCUAAUGCGUCACUCCAUAAUGGAGGAGGAGUUCAAGUGUUUUAUGGAACUAACUCUCUCUUCCCUCAAUCCUCUGAUAGUAACUUCUCCUUUCAAAUGAGUCCCUCCUCCUCCUCUAAAGGGGGAGGGGCUCAUGUUCCUCAUCAUGUGACCGAGAGGGAGGGUGUUCGUACCAGGAGUGGAGCUGGGUCUAAUAGCAGGAACCAAAAGUCUUAUAGACACCAUCAUCAUCAUCAUCACCAUCGGAGGACACACCCCUCAGAGGGAGGGGCUAGUGGUAGUCAUGAUGACCAGGGAGGAUCUAUGGUUGGUGUGACAGUACAUCAGUGAUUAAUUUAGUUGUUGUUAUUAUUAUUAUUAUAUUUAUUCUCUUACAAUAUAUAUAUCUAUACUAAUCCUUUUCUAUAUCAUAUACUAUAUACAUUCUCUCUCUCUCUCUUAAAAUCAUUCUUCAUGCCUUUUUUAUUAUUUUGAUCAUUAACCAACUACUACUGAUAA